CCUCGAUGACUCGAUCUCGCCUUCUUUUUUAGGGUUGAAUCCUCCAUCGCAGCGCUAUCUCGUUCCUUCGCCGGCUCCUCCCUAAGUCCCAAUCGCCCCUUUUGCGCUCCCUUACGUCAAGGUUUCACAUGGAUUUUUGCUUCUCCAGUGCAAUUGAUUGCUCGAUCUGCAGUUGCUCCUUCGCAAUUCCUUCUUUUCAAUACCCUUUAGCCUUCGAUUCCCCUUGUAGUCUUCGGUUUCCUCCCGUUUAGGUUCAGAUCCGGCGCUGGGAGCUCUGGUUCUGACGUUUCGGCAGCUUUCGUCAUGGGUAAAGGUAGCAGGCGAAAGGCUGCUGCGGACCAAUCCGACAGUAGCGAUGUCGAAAGCAUGAGUUCGGUAUCGACGACUUUUUCGGAGCUAACGAUGGCUAACGAAACAGAACAUGUGAACUCCCUAGAUUUCCAACUCGAAAAAUAUAUCGAUGCUCUCUACGAGAAGAGGGGAUCUGUGAGAGAGACAGCUUUGUUGGGGCUUGCUGAGGCUUUUGAAGGCCAGGUCCUCCUUCCAUUCAUUGAGAAUAAAUUUGUUACAUUGCUACAUCAGUAUCUAUCUUCAAUCAAAAAGGGUUCUGCCAAGGAGGCCUGUUUAGCUUCUCGAACCAUAGGGUUGUUGGCCAUCACCAUUGGAGCUGGAAACAGUGCUCAUGAAAUUAUGGAAGAAUCAAUAUCCCCACUUUCUCAGGCCCUUGUAUCAGGAUCAGAUAAGACAAAGAAAAAAUCAGUGAUGGAUUGCUUAGCUCUUGUCACAUUUAUAGGUGCAAAUGAUCUGGCUGAAACUGAGACGUCGUUGAAGACCAUAUGGCAAGUUAUUUAUCCCAAGUCAGGGCCGAAUGUAGGUUCAAUUAAAAAGCCAGACUCAGCUGUAUUAUCAUCCGCCAUUUCUGCAUGGUCAUUUCUUUUGACAACUAUUGGUAGUUGGAGAAUUAAUCCAGAUAGUUGGAAGGAGUCGAUUUCUUUCCUGUCUAAUCUCUUGGAAGACUCUGAUCGUUCUGUCCGAAUCGCUGCUGGAGAGGCAUUAGGUCUUUUCUUCGAGCUGGGGAUAUUUGAUAUGAACUUCCAAAAAGAAGGCACAAACAUUGAUAAACUUGAACAUGAGAUCUCAAAACAUGGAACAUUUCAUCAUUUACAAGGUUUGAAGGCUAAGAUAUUGGCAAGAGCUAGUGACCUCUCAACUGAAGCUGGUGGGAAGGGCACUGACAAGAAGAAUCUCAAUGAUCAGCGGGAUCUAUUCCAGAAGCUUUUGGAUUUUGUAGAGACUGGUGAGUGUCCUGAAACAUUGUUGAAGAUUUCAAGCAAACAAGGAUUUUUGAUGACUUCCACAUGGGCUCAGAUGAUCCAACUGAACUUCUUGAAGGGUUUUCUUGGGAAAGGCUUUUUGAAGCAUGCACAGGAUAAUGAACUACUUCAUGAUAUUUUUGAUUUUGAACAAGAUAGGACGGGAAUAUUAUCAACAAAGGAAAAGAUCUCUAGAGCGGAUGACAAAGGUUGGACACAAAAGAUGAACAAGGAUCGCAAGCUGGCUCAGGCAAGGAAACAAGGUCAUCUAAUUUUUGAAUAUGAAUAAAGAUCAAUUGGCUUCGAUGUUACAUUAGCUGGUCAUGAUUGUCGCCGUAAAAACUUUUAAAGAGUAUACUGUGAUUGUACGUUUGUCGUGAAAUGAUUGUCAUUAUGGGGCUGGUAGACGAUUUUGUUUUCUUAGUUCAUACUUGGCCUCUGUUACAUGCUACAUCGAUCCAAUAAUGGUUCUGAUGAAUAGUUGAUGUUAUAACAACAAGCCAAAGGAUCCCCAACUUAGUUGGGGAGGUUUGUUGUGUGUGCAAUUUAUGUAUUUGAUUUGGAUUGCAGUCAUAAUCAAGCAAUUGCGGUACUUUGCAGCA